GUUCUUUCUCUUCAUUUCUAGACCACGCUUUGUGUUGUGCGCACACUCCGCUACGGUUAGCCGAUUCGCGUUGCAAUGGGCAAGGAAAAGCUUCACAUCAACAUCGUCGUCAUCGGGCACGUCGACUCCGGCAAAUCGACCUCGACCGGUCACUUGAUCUACAAAUGCGGCGGCAUCGACAAGAGAACCAUUGAGAAGUUCGAGAAGGAAGCCCAAGAGAUGGGUAAAGGGUCGUUCAAGUACGCUUGGGUUUUGGAUAAGCUGAAAGCGGAACGCGAGCGAGGGAUCACUAUCGACAUCGCUCUGUGGAAGUUCGAGACGACCAAGUACUAUGUUACGGUCAUCGACGCGCCCGGACAUCGCGAUUUCAUCAAGAACAUGAUCACAGGGACGUCGCAGGCUGACUGCGCAGUGCUGGUGGUCGCCUCGUCGAAGGGAGAGUUCGAGGCGGGUAUCUCCAAGAACGGGCAGACGAGAGAGCACGCGCUUCUCGCGUACACCUUGGGUGUGAAGCAGUUGAUUGUUGCGGUGAACAAGAUGGACAACACGGAGCCGCCGUACAGUGAGCCUCGAUUCGAGGAGAUCAAGAAAGAGGUGUCUGCAUACAUCAAGAAGAUAGGUUAUAAUCCAAAAGCUGUUGCCUUUGUUCCCGUCAGUGGAUGGCACGGUGACAACAUGCUUGAAGUAAGUGAGAAAAUGGGAUGGUUCAAAGGAUUUAGUAUUGAGCGAAAAGAAGGCAACGCUAGUGGGAAGACUCUUUUCGAUGCACUUGAUUCCAUUCUUCCCCCUAAGCGCCCAACGGACAAGCCUCUGCGUUUGCCUCUCCAAGAUGUGUACAAGAUCGGAGGAAUUGGGACUGUUCCUGUUGGCCGUGUCGAGACGGGGGUAAUGAAACCAGGAAUGGUUGUAACCAUCGCUCCAGUGGGAAUCACCACUGAAGUCAAGUCGGUGGAAAUGCACCACGAGUCAUUGCCAGAAGCUCUACCUGGUGAUAACGUCGGGUUCAAUGUCAAGAAUGUGUCAGUCAAGGAACUAAAGCGAGGAUUCGUGACGGGUGAUUCAAAGAAUGAUCCACCUAAGAAAGCUGAUGUCUUCAACGCUCAGGUUAUUAUAUUGAACCAUCCUGGAGAGAUCCACAACGGCUAUGCACCAGUACUGGAUUGCCACACUGCUCACAUUGCAUGCAAAUUCAGCGAGAUCAAGGAGAAGGUGGACCGUCGAUCGGGCAAAAAGCUGGAAGACAACCCCAAGUGUGUCAAAUCAGGAGAUGCUGCAAUGGUGGAUCUUGUUCCAUCAAAGCCCAUGGUUGUUGAAGCCUUCUCAGAAUAUGCUCCACUUGGUCGCUUUGCUGUCCGUGACAUGAAGCAGACAGUGGCUGUUGGAGUUGUCAAGUCAGUAACCAAAGCCGAGACGACUGGCAAGACGACCAAGUCUGCUCAGAAGGUGAUGGGCAAGAAGAAAUGAUCCUCACAAACUCUAGGCCCAUAAGUGUCCACUGAUGUGUGGUUGUAUGAUCUCUAGUUUUUAAUUUACGGCUGCUAGUGGAUGGUGGUGACUCUCUAGGCAAUCAGUUUAGAUACAGUAUGUUUGGUGGGGCCCAGAGUCUAAUAAACAUGUCCAUCACAUGGUUGUGUUAAGAA